AUGGACGACACGACUCCGCUGGCAUCUCUGUCGCUUACCCAUGUUCACUAUGAUCCAACCGACCCGAUCUCCUACCUCUGCGCCUGGCUUGCCCUCGUACCCCAGGGGCUCUGUGUCGUCUACGCGACGCUGAUAUGGUCGACUCGCGAGGUCGAGAUCGCCCUCAUGUUUGCCGGCCAGCUGGCCUGCGAAGCCCUGAAUUUCGCCCUCAAGCGUUUGAUUAAGGAAGAGCGGCCACGGCGAAUGAACGGGAAGGGCUACGGGAUGCCGAGCAGCCACUCUCAGUUUGUGGCUUACUUCGCUGUCAGUUUGGCCCUGUUCUUGAUCUUCAGACAUCAGCCAGUCUACCAGGGGCGGAGGAGAAAUCACACACCCAUGACCAUGGCUGAACGAGCUUUCUGGAGCGUCGUGGGAGUCUGCAUGGCCGGAGCAGUUGCCUGGAGCAGGAUAUACCUGAACUACCAUACCGAGAAGCAAGUAGUUGUGGGGUGUGCCGCAGGAACUGUGAGUGCAAUCGCGUGGUUCAUCCUUACGGCGGCUGUCCGGCAAUCGGGGUGGUUGGCCUGGGCCAUUGACCACCCGAUCGCCAGGUUCUUCAGAGUGCGGGAUCUGGUUGUAGAAGAAGAUCUGUGCCAGGCCGGGUGGGAGAAAUGGGACGACAAGAUGGUGGCGUUGAAGGCUCGGGGUAAGAAGGAUUGA